AUGCUUCUACACCGCUCCACACAUCGUCUUGGACUGCUUUUUCAUCAAAAUCCACUAUUUUCCGGCACAAUAAAUCGAUUUUCAACAGUUCUACCGCAUAUUUUGAGUGCUCGCAGAUUUCCACAAAGGAGGCCUCGCCCGAAGGAAGAAAGUUCAGAAGCAGAGAAAAGUCCACCAAAACGCUGGGAAUUCGAGAUAAGCUGGAGCUCCAAAGGCCACCGAGAAACAAAAUCCGACGCAAAUUCAGCGUCAGAAGGCAAUGAAAACAGGGGAAAUAAGGGCGAUGGCGAUGACCCUCGCAAGCAAUUAAUGGAAAAAAUGAAGCGAUGGCUUGCAAUUUCACUUUUUGCCUACGGAAUUCUAUUUAUUUUAUCUCCAAAAGGCCAAGGAGCUGCUGCUGUCACAGCUGAUAAAAUUUCAUGGAGUGAAUUUAUAAAUGAACUAUUGCCAACUGGACAAGUUUAUCGAAAUAUUAUUCUACCGUAAAAGGAUGUCGCAAAUCUUUAUUGCUAUGAUACUGGAGCUAAAAAUUCGAGGAGUAUUCUCAACGUCUGACAGCUCUGACACCCAGCUUCACAGGUGCCGACAUUAUGAACGUAUGCAACGAAUCGGCAAUCCGCGCGGCGUUCAAUAAAUGUCACGUGGUCACUAUUAAAGAUAUGGAAUACGCGUUGGAUCGAGUUUUGGCGGGCUCCGAGAAGCGGAGUAGAUCACUUGUUGAAGAAGAACGAGAAGUCGUCGCAUAUCAUGAAGCUGGGCAUGCGCUGGUUGGAUGGAUGUUGGAGCAUACUGAUGCUCUGUUGAAGGUAACAAUCAUCCCCCAAACGUCUGCAGCUCUCGGAUUUGCUCAAUAUUCUCCACGUGAUGACAAACAUCUCUACUCAAAAGAUGAGCUUUUCGAUCGAAUGUGCAUGAUGCUCGGUGGCCGAUGUGCUGAGAACCUGAAAUUCGGCCGAAUCACGUCAGGAGCACAAGAUGACCUGCAAAAAGUGACAAAAUCGGCGUAUGCUCAAGUGAAAUUGUAUGGAAUGAGCUCGAUUGUUGGGCCGCUAUCGUUUCCGAAUACUGAAGGAUUUCAAAUUAAACCGUAUUCGAAAAAAUUCGCGUCAACUUUUGAUCAAGAAGCCACGCUGAUUGUGGCAAAAGCCAACGAGGCGACAACUGAUUUGAUCAAAAAUAAUAUGGAUAAACUUGAAACGGUCUGUGCCAGAUUACUGUCAAUCGGCGGUGAAUACUGUAAUAAAUAUUCACAAACACGAGAAUCCUGGCGAUAUUCUGGUAUUCUUGACAGGACAAGACGAGGUGGAAGACGUUUGUGAGAAGCUCCGCGAGCUGGGAGAGCUUCCCCUUCAAUAUGUACAAAGGAUCGUCGAUUAUGUUCAAGAAAGACUAUCCGAAAUGGGUAAUCUUCACCGAAGUGAUGCAGGAUUCGAUCCGUGACGUCACAGUUAUUGAGCCUGAAUGGCUUUACGAAUUGGCUCCACACUAUUACGAAUUUGGCACCGAAGGAGAGCUCGCCGAGAAGAGAAUGAGGGGUCCUGCCACCUCAGCCGCUGACGAUGAUUAUUAA